GCGGGCCCAGUGCGCAUGCUCGCGCCGGCCCGGGGGCGGGGCGAGGGACCCACCGGCUGCCGGAUCUGCAGGGAGGCGGUGUCUCAGGUCAACGGACAUAAGGACUGAGCAAACAAGGAGCUGAUUGACGGUCUUUAGAAGAGCAUCGAUGGAGCGUCUGUGGUGGAGAUAAAUGCCAGAUUGCUGAUGAUGAAGGGUGAAAGGUUGCGAGAAGGUGGAGACAAAACUAUGAGUGGAGGAUCUCAAGUCCACAUUUUUUGGGGUGCCCCAGGUGGUCCACUGAACAUGACAAUGUCACAGGAGCGAACUUCUUUAAUAUCCAAUGAUGACCGCUGGAAAAAAAUUCAACUUUUGUACAAUCACCGUUCUUUACAUCCGAGGGAUGAAAAAGGCAUGCACGAAACUCUUGAAGACUAUCAAGUCCUAGAAGCUGUUGGCCCUCCAGAUCUCCCUCGUGGUCAUUUUUUAACAAAGGCAAUGAAUGAACCUGUUCAUGUGAAAGAAGACUUUACACAUUGUAUUUCUGAAGCGGAGACUGGAAUAUCCCAGAAGAGUCACCUCUUAGGGGUGAGUGAUGUAACUAGUUCUGAUGUGCAAAUACGUGAACUUAAGGGCAGAGUUCAGCAUUUAACUGAAGGAGAAAAGUAUCCAAAGCUUUUCGGUGACAAUAAGAAAAUCACAGAUGAACAGCACAAAGAUCAGUCAAAUACAUGUGGUCAAAACUUUCACAAAAAUGUCUUUCAGUUAGAUCAUAAGCAUGCCGCUGCACUGGAUUUGGUCUGUGGCACAGAACACAUUCAUACAGGGCCGGGAGCUGUUGAAACAGAAUGUGUGCCAACUGGACAUUAUGAGGGACAAAACCAGUGUCUGGGGUUCUUUUCCUUGAAGAUGGAAGAUAAGCCAAGGUCUGAACCUGUUAGAAGGGUCUCAGACCUUAAAAUAUCUACUGAUACUGAAUUUCUUAGUAUAAUGACUGCCAGCCAGGUUGUUCUUUUAUCUCAGAGGAAGUAUAAAGGACAAAAUUCUAGAAAUAAAGGGCCCAUAAGUGUGGAGAGUGAACCAAAGGCAAGUCAUGGGGAAAUAAGGAUAACUGAAGAUAAUUCGAUUCAGCCUAAUAAUGAUUUUGCAGGAGAUGAAUGUGGACAAAACCAAGCACGUUCCCUUGAACUCUUCAGUCCUGUUUGUCCUGAAACAAAAAGUGGUGACACUCAUGUGAAGCCUGAUAAACGUCUUGAAGAAAAUAUAGGAUCCCAGGAACUUUUCAAUUUUGAAGACAAAGUGCCCCCCAGUGAUGUAUGUAUUGAGUCCUAUUGCUCAGGAAUACUGUGUUCCCAACUAAAUACCUUCCACAAAAGUUCUACUAAAAGAAGUUGGACCUCUGAAGAUAAAUUGGGCCAUUCCAAAGCUCUGUCUAAAGCCUUCCAACCAUCCAAGAAAAUUAAGUUGGUUUCUGAUGCAAGAGAUCCUACUGCAGCAGUGGGCCAGAGGCGUGUGUCUAGUUUUAAGGGGAUUAAAAAGACAUCAUUAAUAAAAAAUUGUGAUUCUAAAGGUCGGAAGUAUAAUUGUUUAGUCAUGGUAUUAUCUCCAUGUCAUGUGAAAGAAAUAAAUAUAAAAUCUGGGCCAAAUUCUGGCUCUCAAGUGCCUUUAGCAACGAUUGUGGUAACUGACCAAUCAGAAAUUAAGAAGAAGGUCGUUCUGUGGAGGACUGCAGCAUUUUGGGCACUUACAGUGUUUCUUGGAGAUAUAAUUUUGCUCACAGAUGUUACUGUUCAUGAAGAUCAUUGGGUUGGUGAGACAGUACUACAAUCAACUUUUAGCAGUCAGUUAUUAAAUCUUGGGAGUUACCCGUCUGUCCAGUCUGAAGAAUAUUCCAAGAUAGUCAGUGAUGCCGUACUUCGAGACUUACUGGCAUACGUGUCUUCAAAACAUUCCUAUCUCCGAGAUCUUCCUCAGAGGCAGCCUCAGAAAGUGAGCAGUAUAGAAUUUGUAGAAUUGGAGGAGCUGCAGCCGGACAUGUUAGUCCAUGCGGUGCUGAGGGUUGUUGAUAUCACUAUACUGACAGAGGCAUUAUACAGUUAUAGAGGACAGAAGCAAAGGAAAGUUAUGUUAACAGUGGAACAGGUCCAAGGUCAACAUUAUGUGCUUGUAUUAUGGGGUCCUGGAGCAGCCUGGUACCCUCAACUUCAAAGGAAAAAAGAUUAUAUUUGGGAAUUUAAAUAUCUUUUUGUUCAGCGCAAUUACAUCCUAGAAAGCUUAGAAUUGCAUACAACAUCUUGGUCAUCCUGUGAGUGCCUGUUUGAUGAUGAUAUAAGGGCGGUUAAAUUUAAAGCAAAAUUCCAAAAAAGCAUGCCCUCCUUUGUGAAGAUGUCAGAUUUGGCAACACACUUAGAGGACAAGCGUUCAGGAAUGAUUCUAAUCAAAGCCCAGAUUUUAGAGCUAGUAAUACCUGUUACAGCAGCUCAGAAGAUAACUCUGAAUGCCCACAGCUCCCUGAGGAGCAUCUUCUCUUCCCUUCCUGACAUCGUAUAUACUGGCUGUGCAAAGUGCGGAUCGGAACUGGAAACUGAUGGGAAUAAGAUCUAUAAACAGUGCUACAGCUGCUUGCCCUUUACGAUGAAGAAGCUGUACUACAGGCCAGCUUUAAUGACCAUCACUGAUGGAGUACAUAAGGUGUGCGUCCAUGUAGGAUCAGAGCUGAUUGAGAAGAUGCUACUCAACAUUUCUCCUGACUGGCUCAGCAGAGUUGUCGCCCCUUCGUCAGAGGUCACGUACGGCAUGGUCGCCGCGGACCUGUUCCACGCGCUGCUGGCAGGCGGAGGGGCGCCUUGUGCGGUGAAGCUGCAGAGCCUCUUUGUGCUGGAUGAAAACAGCUUCCCCUUGCAGCAAGAGUUCUCCCUCCUGGAUGUCUAUCCGGACGGCACAAAGCCCGCACCCAGUGCCCUUCUCUGAGGCCACGUGAGGAAAUCGCAGGUACUUCAAGGAGGACUGCUGGAAUGAUUUGUGUCUUGAAAUGAAUGUCUGGCAGGGAUUUUCCUUGGGUUUUGAAAAAAAAAAAAUUUUUUUUUUUUUUUAAUAAAGAGAAUUGUGUUCAAUAUAUAAACUGAGAGUUUUUUUCCAAGAGAAUUCUGCGAGGUUUUCUGUUUGUUUUUUGGCCUUUUCCUUUCCUGCUUCUAGAGGAAGGCUCUAGCAAUAAGGGCAACAUGCAGCAGUGUCCUGGGAAUUAAAGGUUCACUCCACGGGUCCCUGCGCCAUUCGAGAGCUAUACUAAGGCCACAGGACACAGAUGAAAGCCAUUUCCUCGGGAGUUGCUUUUCUGCCAUGCUUACAGACUCUCCGUGCUUUCCCUUAGUCCUGCUUGAAUAAACUGUCGAUGUGAAAUGAUUUCCUUGGUUAUAACCACACAUGAUAAUGGGUUAGUUUGCCUAAGCCUGUGUUUAGACAAGUUCAAGACAAGCAUGUCUAAGAAGAAGCAUUUGAAAAUGAAGGCAACAAGAUCCUGCUUCAACUCCUUUUAUAAACGGCGGAAGAGAGCCACGUUGCUAGUUCAUCUCUAGGAUCCGAUCACCUUACUGAACUGACAUACUAACAAACAGCCGUUUGCACUCUCACCGUUGUAGAAGGAGCUCGUGUCAAGUGGUCGUCACUGAUGAGGAGAUGGUGCUCGACCCGGACGGUUGCAGUAUGCUGAGGGUUAGUAGAGCGAUAAUACUGCUGGAAAAUAACUAAAUUCAUAAUUAAAUGAACCAGUUUGUUUUUCCGU